UUUUUUUCUUUGUAUUUUUUUAUUUCAUUUUAUUUCAUUUAUUUUAUUUUAUUUUUCAUACUUUUCUAUUUAUUUAUUCUUAUUUAUUUAUUCCCUCGUUUAUUUAUUUAUUUAUUAUAAAUAAUAAUGUUAUCAACUACUAGAAUAUUAAGAGCUGCUUCUCGUCAAGCGCCUAUUGUACAACGUACAUUUCAGCAUAGAUUUAAUUCAACUAUCACUAAUAAUACUAUUCAAGCAUCAAAGAAAAGAAGAUGGAAUAAUUUUAAGAGUAUUGCUGCAGUUGGCACUGUAGGUUUCUUGGGUAUCACUUUUUAUGGCAUGUAUUAUCAUCGUCAUCCUACUGAAGACCCCAUUCCAUUUGAUCCUAAAAAGAAGACAAUUGUUGUGCUUGGUAGUGGUUGGGCUAGUACAUCCUUUUUGAAAUCUGUCGAUACUAAUCUUUAUAAUAUUGUUGUUGUCUCUCCACGUAACUAUUUCUUAUUUACACCACUUUUACCUUCUUGUACGGUUGGCACCAUCGAUAUUCGUUCGGUUAUUGAACCCAUUCGUUUCAUUGCUCGUCAUAAAGCAAAUGAAGUCAAGGUAUAUGAGGCUGAAUGUACUGACAUUGAUGCAGAAAAGAAAGUUAUUACAAUUGUUGAUAAUUCCGAUAUUAAGGGAGAAAAUUCAAUGAGUACAAUUCCUUAUGAUUAUUUAGUUAUUGGUGUUGGUGCACAGAGUCAAACAUUUGGUAUUAAAGGUGUUGAGGAAUAUGGUUGCUUCUUAAAAGAAGUAUGGGAUGCUCAAAAGAUUCGUACUAAAUUAAUGGAUUGUAUUGAGACAGCUGCUUUUCCUGGUCAAUCACCUGAAGAAAUUGAACGUUUAUUACACAUGGUUGUAGUAGGUGGUGGUCCUACAGGUAUUGAAUAUGCAGCCGAACUCCAUGAUUUCUUGGUUGAAGAUUUAACUCGUUGGUAUCCAGAACUUGCGAAUAAACUUAAAAUUACACUUGUAGAAGCAAUGCCAAAUGUCCUUCCUGCAUUCUCUAAACAAUUGAUCGAAUAUACCGAAUCUACCUUCAAGGAACAAAAGAUUGAUAUUCAUACCAAGACAAUGGUGAAAGAGGUUCGUGAAAAGGAAAUUAUUGUCCAAAAUGCUAAUGGUGAAAAGGAAUCAAUGCCUUAUGGUUUACUUGUUUGGGCUGCUGGUAACACCACUCGUCCUCUUAUUAAGAAAUUAAUGGCACAAUAUCCAGAAACUCAAACUAUUAGACGUGGUUUAGCUGUUGAUGACUGGCUUCGUAUGUCAGGUGCUCAAGAUAUUUUUGCAUUGGGUGAUGCAACAGCCACCAAAUACGCCCCUACAGCCCAAGUUGCUUCACAACAGGGCAAAUAUUUGGCCCGUGUAUUUGCCCAACUUUAUGCUAUUGAACAGAACGAGGCUGAAUUGGAAGCAGCAAAGACUGAAGAAGAAAGAGCUAAACGAUUACGUCGUCUUGCAAAGGCCAAGGAUAUCAAGCCUUUCCAUUAUUCCCACCAAGGUUCUCUUUGUUACAUUGGAUCUGAUAAGGCUAUUGCCGAUUUACCCUUUGGUCCUGGUAAUGUUGCUACAGGUGGUGUAGCUACCUUUGCUUUCUGGCGUUCUGCUUAUAUUUCUAAUCUUUUCUCUGCUCGUAAUAAGUGGUUGGUUAUUACUGAUUGGACUAAAAAGACUUUCUGGGGUCGUGAUAUUUCUAGAGAAUAAUUUAUAUAAUUGCAUGCAUUUAUUUAAGAGUAACUAGCAUUCCUUUUUUUUUUUUUCUACAUAAUAUGAG